GCUUGCCUGAUCAGACUGCCUCGUCAAAAAUCUACAAUCCUUGGAUGCAAGACUUGCACUGCUGGGGAACUCCACCCAGGAUAUGAGUCAAUCGUCGACAUUGUUAUAAUAAUCCAUCUUGCCCUCGCCCUCACGGCCUUGCCCAACCCAUCCCUUCAACUUCUUCCUACUUCGCCCAGAGACCUUCUCGUUGACUAUCGACUCGAACAAGCCUCGUCCUUCGCUUCUCGCUUCCUCCCAACAGCCUGACCAGAUACCUUACCUCGGACACGAGCCCACGUCGACCUGCUCCCACCACACCACACACAGCAUAUACAAGCCACUGCUUGUCAAACCCCCAUCAACAUGUCUUUGGACUGGACACAUCAGUUUUGCCUUGCCUGCGACAAGCAGACCGACGGAGCGACGUACUGUUCUCAGUCCUGUCGAUUGGCCGACUACGAGAAGACGUCCUCGACGGCGAGUUCUGUGCCGAGCUCCCCAGCUUUCAAGAGCCCUUCCUUCGACUGGACCUUUUCCAACCCGAUGACCACGAGCCGUGUGCUAUAUCUUCCUCCGGCCUAUGACUUCAGCAACUCUCAACCAUCAGGGACAGCUGCCCGUCGAGCCAUGAGCUCUCGGACAGGGCAAAACCUGGGCCCGUCCAACCCGCUCCUCUCGCCCUCAACCUCUCAUACCAGCCUUUGCUCGAUGAAGAGUAGCUCUUCGACCGACUCGAACCAGUUGUCUGAAAGGGCAACACGGGAGCUUCAGGCCUAUGCCCGCUCCUUCGAUUCCCUGAGGCUCCAACGCAGGCGGUCAUACUGAGAACCACGUCACUACUUCGACAAAACAUUUUCCUUGUCAACCAAGCACUCCACUAUACCCUCACAUAUCAGCCUGUCGUCUUCUCAUACGGGCCAUACACGACUCAACCCUACUCUCAUUCAAACUCGGAACACACCUGGGACCGACUCUAUUUUCUACGACUUUUGUAUAAAAAUGUUUUGGACGUCACUGGAGCUGGGUUUUAUUUUGUUUUCCUUUGUUCAUGGGCUUUUGCAGGAGGCGCAAGAUUGGCCAAUGGGUACGGCACUACAUCUCGUGUGACUUAGACACACGUUCGGGGAAAAUGUCAUUUUGCUGUAAGCAUCCGCGUCU